AUGCAGUAUUUCACCAAAGAUGCGUCCAUGGUGUAUACGUAUGAUGGGAUACAAAAGACGAACGCGGGCAAUAUUAAGCUGCGACGUUUGAAAACAUCAUCGAUAUCUAGAUUGUUUUCAAGGAGCAAAACUGCACGUCUGCGUAACAGAGGCACAAGGAACAAACAAGCAAAAUUUGUAGGGUCUGAUUUGAAUAAAUUAGAGAGGUUCAUAUAUUCAGAGAGAUUCAUGCCAUGUGUCAUAUUCGUUAUCUGUAUAGUGACGCUACUGCAUCUGAUACUUGCCCGGCUGAUUAAUAUGUUUCAGGAAAUGGUCAAAUAUUAUUUCUACGCGAACCUUUUCGGAAUGGGCUGGGAUUGGUACUCGAAAUGGAACUGGAUAGUUUUACAUAUACUUGAGAAGUUCGUAUAG